UCCUAUACAUGAUCACCGAUUCGAUUUGCGACGUUCGGGCCGCUAGCUUGGACGAUGGUGAUGCGAGUCGGAAGUUUCGAUGCGAUGCUUGCGGCGUGGCUUUGCACACCCACAAGCAGCUCGCGCAGCACCGCCGGAACAAGCACGGCGAGAAGUGUUCUCAAAGAGUUUCCGUUGCUGCGAGCGGCGCUUGCCCAGUCUGCAAGACUGUCUUUAGGACUCGCCUUGCCCUACUCGGCCACCUCUGCGAUUCCCGUAGGCAGAGGUGCUGGGCGGAGAUAUGCCAGCAUCUCAGCCAGGUCGUACAAAUACCGGUUAAGGAGGUUGCAGUUCUUGAUGCCGUCGACAACGAAUUUCGAAAAGGAGCCCGCCGCUGAGGGCACUCGCACGCGUUGGCCACAGGAGGAUGUGUGCGAGCUGAUGGAAAGCCCAUCGGCCGGCCGACAACUUAAGUUGUUCGGCGCUGAGUAGGAUAAAUUGUUCUUUAGUGUUUCUUGCGACGCUUAGCGCAACCCUCGGGAGCAAAACAUUUAUACAGACAGUUAUUGGGAAC